GGGUCCCGGAGUGUGUGCGCGUGUGCCUGUGUGUCUCUGUGUGUGCACACCUCCCCCGGAGGUGCUCCCCUCCACCUGCCCCUCCAGGCUGGCCGGUCACGCCCUCUUCAGCCACCCGGUUGUCCCCGGUCAGGGGUGGAUGUCUGGUGAUGUCUUCGUGGCGCUGCUGGAAUCGGAGUGGUGGCUUCGCCUGGGGCUCCGUCCCUCCACCUUUGCGUCUGUGGGGCCACUGCCCUCGACACAGUUCAGUUUCCAGACGAUGCGUGAUUCCUGCCCUUUGUUUACUUCAUUUCACGAUAAGGAGCCGAUGCUCGUAUGCCCUCCCACGGUGACCAGACAGACCGCCCGGCCGGCGUGUGGAGUGUGGGUUACGUGUGAGCAUGACUGUGCCCUCGGGCCCCUCGGGCCCCUCGUGCUCUCUGACGCUUCUGCCCAGUCUCUCCCCCAGAGCCUGUCCUUUCAGACCUUGCUCCUGAGAGGAGAUCACUUUCAACUCCAACUUUUCUUUUCACUUUUCUUUGGGCUUGUCAAUGAGACAGAUUCGAUUCAGGUUUGACGGACAACCAAUUAGUGAAACGGACACCCCAGCGCAGGUAGGAGAGCCGGCCCCGCCUGUGUUGGAGGGCUUCUUCCGACCUGCGUGUCACAACCGCCACGUGGAAUGCUUGCAUCUGAGAGUCACCCAUUGCUUCUCACCUAGAAAAAAUACCUUACAUUUUCUUUCUUUCUUUUUUUUUUUGGCCGCACCAGGUGGCUUGCGGGAUCCUAGUUCCCCAAACCUGGGCCCUCGGCAGCGGAAAUGCAGAAUCCUAACCACUGGACCACCAGGGAAUACCCACCUUACCUUUUAUUUUCUUUAUUUAUCAAAAAAAUUUUUUUUUUUUUUGGCUGUGCUCUGCGGCAUGUGGGGUCUCAGUUCCCCGACCAGGGAUCGAACCUGUGACCCCUGCAGUGGAAGCGUGGAGUCCUAACCACUGGACCGCCAGCAAAGUCCCUACAUUUCCUUAAUGGCUUUAAUUAUUAGAUCAUUUGAUUUUGUAAUUUUGAGGUUCGGUUUUCCAACGAGGAAAAUGUCCUUUGUCGGCCUCUUCUGUGUUGGGAGAAGGAGCAGGAAGGCUGGGUGCCCGGCAGAGGUGGUCCAGAGACAGGGACAAGGCCUGGGCCUGCCCAUCCCGCCGCCGUCUGCAGGCUCCGGGCGAGCCGGGCACGUGCGGUCUCCAGCCACUGGUAGCCUGGAUACCGGGUCUGCAACGUUAGCCAGUUUGUACUUUUCAGUAAAACUUUAUAGAGACUUGUUUACUUGUUAACAGGACUUAGUGUGUCUAUCAGGUCAAGUCCCUAAUGUUGACCGUUCCUUUGUUAGGGGAGGCUUGGGGAAUAAGCGGGCUUGUUGGAAACCCACAGCUCAGCCUCUGUCCCCGGGUGCCCACCGAGGGCAGGCUCGGGGCUUAGGCACCUCAGGGUGGUGUCCCUGGCGUGGGCGGGGGCAGCUCCGAGACCCUGGUGCUCAGCGGGGUGGGACCCCUUCCCGUGACGCGAGG